GGACGUCUUUGGCGUAGAAGACAAAAGUCAUUCGGGUCACAUGAAAGCCGUGAAACAGUCGGUAUUGGAUGGCACGUCGAAGUGGUCAGCUAAAAUAGCAAUUACAGUCAAAUGUGCACAAGGAUUAAUUGCAAAGGAUAAAAGCGGGACUUCCGAUCCUUACGUUACUGUUCAAGUUGGUAAAGUAAAGAAACGCACACGCACAAUGCCUCAAGAGCUUAAUCCUGUUUGGGACGAAAAGUUUUAUUUUGAAUGCCACAAUUCCUCAGACAGAAUAAAAGUAAGGGUAUGGGAUGAAGAUAACGAUCUCAAAAGUAAACUUCGCCAAAAGUUGACAAGAGAGUCGGAUGACUUUUUGGGCCAAACAAUCAUCGAGGUGCGCACACUCUCUGGUGAGAUGGACGUCUGGUACAAUCUAGAGAAGCGAACUGACAAGUCAGCCGUUUCCGGCGCGAUACGUUUACACAUAUCGGUAGAAAUUAAAGGCGAGGAGAAAGUCGCGCCGUACCACGUCCAGUACACCUGCCUACACGAAAACCUCUUCCAUUAUUUAUGCGAGCAGAAUAGUGGUGUUGUUAGUCUACCUCAAGCGAAAGGGGAUGACGCCUGGAAGAUUUAUUUUGAUGAAGCCGCUCAGGAAAUCGUAGACGAGUUUGCUAUGCGAUACGGGAUAGAAUCGAUCUAUCAGGCCAUGACGCAUUUCCAUUGCCUUUCGACUAAGUACCUGUGUCCCGGAGUUCCGGCAGUGAUGAGUAUGCUCCUCGCCAACAUUAACGCUUAUUACGCACACACAACGGCCUCGUCGGCGGUAUCGGCUAGUGACCGCUUCGCCGCAUCCAAUUUCGGCAAAGAGAAAUUCGUUAAACUCUUGGAUCAGUUGCACAACUCGUUAAGGAUAGAUUUAUCGAUGUACAGAAAUAAUUUCCCCGCAUCUAGUCAGGAGAAGCUUAUGGACCUUAAGUCGACCGUAGAUCUCUUAACCAGUAUUACAUUCUUCCGGAUGAAGGUACAAGAAUUGUCCAGUCCGCCGCGUGCCAGUACCGUUGUAAAAGACUGCGUUAAGGCUUGCCUGCGAUCAACAUAUCAGUUUCUUUUUGAAAACACUUACGAAUUGUACAAUAGAGAAUUUCAAAGUGAUCCCAACGAACCUAAGCGCGAUCCUGAGGAUCACGGUCCUCGUUUAGAUAGUGUUGAUUUUUGGCACAAGUUAAUUGCGCUCAUAGUAUCGGUUAUAGAAGAAGAUAAGAACAGUUACGGUCCCGUACUGAAUCAAUUUCCUCAAGAGCUGAAUAUCGGACAGCUAUCGGCAGCGACAAUGUGGAGUCUGUUUGCUGUCGAUAUGAAGUAUGCGUUGGAGGAGCACGAGCAACAUCGUCUGUGUAAAUCUUCGGCAUAUAUGAACUUGCAUUUCAAGGUUAAGUGGCUUCAUACAAAUUACGUUAAAGAUGUGCCUCCUUAUAAGGGUGCUGUGCCUGAAUAUCCUGCAUGGUUCGAACCGUUUGUAAUGCAGUGGUUAAAUGAAAACGAUGACGUAUCGUUAGAAUACCUACAUGGUGCCUUCAACAGGGAUAAAAAGGACGGGUUUCAAAAAAGUAGUGAACACGCGUUGUUUUCGAAUUCAGUUGUGGACGUUUUCACUCAACUGACGCAGUGUUUCGACGUAGUUUCAAAAUUGGAAUGUCCGGAUCCCGAAAUUUGGAAACGUUACAUGAAACGUUUUGCAAAGACUAUCGUUAAGGUGCUAAUAGCGUACGCCGAUAUAGUUAAGAAAGAGUUUCCGGAACACUUAAAGGAAGAAAGAAUAGCGUGUAUCUUAAUGAAUAAUAUUCAACAAUUACGGGUACAAUUAGAGAAGAUGUUCGAGUCUAUGGGCGGAGAAAAAUUGGAAGAAGACGCUGCGAACAUCCUCAAAGAGUUACAACAGAAUCUAAACGCGGCGUUGGACGAGCUUGCCAUGCAGUUUGCGUCCAGUUUGGAGCCGCGUAUCACGCAAAGCGUUAAAGAAUUGGGUGAUUUACUGUUGGCCAUUAAAGGCGGUGGCCAACCCGGAACGUUAAAUCAACCUGCACAAAGAAACGCGGUGGCCGUUGAAGCCGAUGACGUACUAAGACCCCUCAUGGAUUUGUUAGACGGCUCGUUAUCCCUUUACGCACAAUCCUGUGAGAAAACGGUUCUGAAGAGACUACUCAAGGAACUGUGGAAGAUUGUGAUGCGAAUUUUGGAAAAGACUGUAGUGUUGCCUCCAAUGACUGAUAAAACGAUGGUGUUUAAGAGUUUGACUGAUAAUGCCAAAAAUUUGGCGGCCAACACGAAAAUUGAAGACAUGUCUAGGCUGUUCAAAAAUCAUAUGACGGGGAAACAAGACGUUAAAAACGCGCUGAGUGGUGUUAUGGACAUAUCAAAGGAAGUGGAGAAGAAUCUGUCACCCAAGCAGUGCGCGGUGUUAGACGUUGCCUUGGAUACCAUCAAGCAAUACUUCCACGCUGGAGGAAACGGUCUCAAAAAGGCGUUUUUGGACAAAAGUGCGGAGUUGCAGAGUCUACGUUACGCCUUAUCUCUGUAUACGCAAACAACCGACACGCUAAUCAAAACUUUCGUUACGUCACAAAUAAAUGAAGAUACACUGGAGUCGCAAGAAGGAAGCGUGGGUGAAGUUUCAAUUCAGGUGGACUUAUUUACACAUCCGGGUACGGGAGAACACAAAGUUACAGUAAAAGUGGUCGCGGCGAACGAUCUCAAAUGGAACUUAGUGUCGGGAAUGUUCAGGCCGUUUGUCGAGGUGAACCUUAUUGGGCCCCACUUAUCUGACAAGAAACGAAAACAUGCGACCAAGUCCAAGGCAAACAAUUGGUCGCCGAAGUACAAUGAAACGUUUCACUUUAUAAUUGGGAAUGAAGAGCAGCUGGACUUUUUUGAAUUGCACAUCUGCGUGAAGGAUUAUUGUUUCGCUCGAGAAGAUCGAUUGGUUGGUGUGGCGGUGAUGCAGCUCAAAGAUAUCGUAGAUAGGGGUUCAUGCGCAUGUUGGCUUUCGCUCGGCAAACGAAUUCAGAUGGACGAAACGGGUUGGACCAUCCUGCGUAUUCUGUCCCAGAGGAGCAACGACGAGGUCGCGAAGGAGUUUGUAAAGCUGAAGUCCGACAUUAGACAAGAAAAUCCGCUGCCAAAUCAGUGAAACUCGCAGAUGACAACGGAGAAUGUCGUGCACUUCAUUAGCUUCUGUCAUGUUACAAUUUGGUGACCGAGGUUUAAAAACAAAAAUAGAGCUGUGUUCAUUACUCUCAUCUCUAAAACAAUGGAAAUUAGUGCAUAAACACAUAAAAAAGUAAUGGACCGUCCUAUACUGACUGGUUAUCAGACAGUCUACAUUUACAUCAACAGUAUGUAAUAUUCAAUGUGCCUCCUAAACCAUACUUCAGAAACAAUAAAUGUUAAUGUAAAUAAGAUUCAUUGCAUAAAAACUGGGCGAUUCACGAACGUUUAAUUUAGAAAAAAAAGAUGCAAUAAAAUGCAUAAACAAGAGUUAGGAUUUCUCUCAUGUAUUUGUACUUGAAAAUGUGAUUCAAAUAGCGUAAGAAAACUGAGUAAUAAAUAUCAUAGAUAUUUUUAUAUGCAUGAGAGAAUUUGGAUUCCUGAUUGUACAGUAACAUUCUCUUAAAUCUAUGUAUAAAAAAAUUUAUAAAUACAAUUGGACUUUUCCUAACAUUCUUCCGCACAUUUUUCGUUUUAAUUUUUAUGUGAGUCGUGCUGUUUGAAAAUAUUAUACUCUUCUGCCACAAAAGAGUUACGCCUUAUACUUCUUUUUUCUAAAAUACUUCGUGCUUAUAAAAAAUGUAAAUUUUACCUAUAAAUAAUCAUUACUUUCUUUACUGUGAUAUUGAAGUAUAGUAUGUAUAUGUGUAUCUGUGUUGUGCUAUAUGUGCCGAAUUUCAGAAAGCAUGUACCAGCAGCCCUGAAGGACUUAUUUUAUUGCACAUUUUUGAAGAAAUACCAUUUAAUAUCGUGACCACAUACAUUACAAGUUGACAAUAUGUAAGUCUAUGUACUUUUUUUAUUAUUACUUUAGGCAUGCAUUUUUAUACUUUGUAAAUAAUUCGAGCUUCAUCUAAACUGUAUUAUUACAAGAAAAGUAACAAACAUUUGAAAAAUCUUGAGUAGGCACUAGUGUUUCCUUACAUUUCGAUAACCGAUACAUUUAGUAUCAAUCACGAUCUUCCAUUGUGGUAUAUAUGGUGACUGUCAGACCCUUUACUAUUAAUUUUUCUACACUGGAUGUUUACGGAUUAAAAGUUUUUGCUACAAAAAUUCUAAAACGUUGAUAUGUAAUGUAAUACGUUGGUUUUAUUGUAUUAAUCGUAUAUUCAUAUCCAUUUCGGUGCUCUUUGAUUCUAUCACAAUUUAAAAUUUGUUACUAAUUUUUAAGAUUCUAAGAGUUAUAAACGUAUAGGUAAUUGUUAUUCAUUCAUUAGCUGUGCUGUUGAUAAACUUUGUUUAAGAAGUUUUCUUAUGUACUUUAAUAAUGGAAUGACCAAAUACGUUGUUUUUGAAAAAUUAUAUGGUGUGAAUGUACCUAAUCAACCACACUUAACGUACGCAAACUUUAUGUAAAUUUAUAAUGUUAAUACGUAAAAAUAGAAGCAUAAAUCUAUCAAUUUAGAUCUCUACAUGCAAUGUAUUAUUGUUAAUUGAUCAAUCAACUGCGUUGGUUGGUUGAUUGCUCUGAUGUAAAUACAUGUUACAAUAAAAUCUA